AAUGUUUGAUAUAUUGGCGAAAGCAGACGAUUAAUCAAACGAAAGGACGAAUUUUACGCUGAAGGAGAUAAUUAACUCCAGAUGGCAGUAGUGAAGCAGUAAAUCCGCUAGUUGCUUUAAAAUGUCAACGAAGAAGAACUGCACUGCGAAAAGAAGAAGGAAAAAUUGUACUGCGUAUAUGAGUACUAUUAUUUAAUACAUCCAUUGACUGUAGUUACUGUUUAUUUUACGGCAUGGCUCUGGUUCUGUACGUAGAGAAUUCGUUACCUGCGCUUUCCAAACUCCACAAUUCAUCGGCACAAUUUCAUUUUGCCAACCACGACCUUCAUCUAGCCCAGGACUGGAAAAAGCUUGGGGUAGCAGCAGUUGUGUGGGAUGCGGCAGUUGUCAUGUGCAUGUACCUAGAGCUGGGAAAGGUGGAGUUAAAGGAGAAGGUAGCAAUUGAACUGGGAGCUGGAACUGGACUGGUGGGGAUUGUAGCAGCCUUGCUGGGUGCCAAAGUGACCAUCACUGACAGACAGCCUGCUCUGGAUUUCCUCUCUGCCAACGUGAAGGCCAACCUGCCCUGGGACCGUCAGGGAUCAGUGGUUGUGUCUGAGCUGACCUGGGGUGAAAACCUGGAGCGUUACCCAGCAGGGGGAUGAGCAGACAUCGUUUACCUGGAGGACACCUUUGUACCACUGCUACAGACUUUGGAGCACCUGUGUUCAGAUACCACUGUGGUGUUACUGGCCUGUAAAAUUCGAUAUGAGCGUGACACAAACUUUUUGAGUAUGCUCAAGCAGCAGUUCAAAACUGAAGAGGUUUUCUAUGAGAAACAAAGGGAUAUCCAUAUAUAUAAAGCUUGGAAACUGGCAGUGAGGAGGGAUUUGUAAAGACUGACUAGUCUGUUUUCUUUCAUUAACUGUCUUCCUUGUAGCUGUAAUUGUUUACUGAUUGUGUGUACAAAAUAAACCUGUUCAUAAAAAAGACCAGAAACAUGUUUAUUAACAGCUGCCAAAAUGUAUUAUUUGAAGAGCUCUAACAUAAUGCACUGUUAUACAAGCUGGUGCUGACAUUUAGAAAUUGUGAAUACAAAAUUGAUGAAAAGCAACAGACAAGCAUGCUGUCAUGACUAUACAUUAUACCCAAAAAGAACACAACUUGGCAUUGCACUCAGGUAGCUUGAAAAUAUCCAUUUCAUUCACUGUGAAGUCACCGUCUUUCUGAUUUGGUUGCACUUUCACUUCUUUUGCAGGGUGUUUGAUAGGUGCCAUCGAGUCAUACUUGGUAAGACUGAUGCUCCACACAACUAAUGUCUGACAGUCACUGCAUGAUGAUACCUUCGCACUCACCGAUUAAUUACUGGUUAGCAGUGUGUUACAUUGAAGCAAAAUUUAGAGGGAUCUCACCUUGUAGCACCAAAAUCUAGCAGGGAUUGUAUAUGCAAGGAAAGUGCACAUGGCACUGUAAACAGAAUCUGGACCCAGCCUCUGCUCAUGCCUGGGACCUCAUUUUUAUUUAUUGACCUCUAACUGCAGGACUUUUGUUUUCUCUGUACAGUUAUAUGGAAUUUAGCAUCCACAAUACAAUGGGGGGGCUUUGCAUGGAAAAUACACUAAUAUAGGAGACAAUGAUUUCAGUGAAAAGCCAUGUGUCUCCUAAACACGUUUUUAAAUAGGCAGACAAAGGAUUUAUUUUAAUGUAGAACACAAGGCUCAUUAUUCUUGUCUUUUUGUUCAAAAAUAACCCAGGAAUACUCAAAUACAUU